AUGAUCACCAACGUGUUCCGACGAACGAACACCGUCUGCACUUUGGACACCGGUGGUCCAAGCGGAGAAUCGUCGAGGAGGCCUUCAGCAGCCGACAUCCAUGCUCCUGGACGGCCGAGCCUUGCAGUACUAUCGUUGCGUCUUCCGUCCCGCUCCAAGAGAUCAAAUUCGUCAAAGGAAGUUGACCCCGGCUCCGAAUCUACGCAAAAGCUGUGGGAAGCACUGCUUGCCCUUCCCGGAGAAAUCACUGCGCAGAUCUUCUGUUAUCUUCCCUUGGCCGACAUUUUCGCUCUACGGCUGGCCUCUCGCUCCGUCCAUGCGUACCUACGAUACCACGCGGGCGCCAUCACCCGGUCACUUCUCCUGCAGUGCGCCUACGAGCAUACCACUGACUAUGAGGGUCGUCUCGACCACGACAGGGCGCGGUAUCUAUACGACUAUAUCCAGACCAUCUACCCUCCUCCGCAGCCAUGUACUUCGUUCGACUACCUGCUACAGACCCUGAAACGACAAGCCCAGGUGCAGAAGAUGUUGCAGGUGUUGACAAAUUGGCUGCAAAUGAAGGUCUAUGUGCUGCCCAAGUUCAAGAGAUGUGAUAACUUCAACCCGUACAAACACAGGCUGAUCCGGAGGCUGCAUGUGGCGGCGUGGACGAUGUACCAUUUCCUCGAGAGCUAUCGGACGAUUCUGGUCUCGGAACAUCCCAGCCACGAGGCCGAGCCGGUCCACUAUCCAGAUGGCAGAUGCUCCCUGUGUCUCCAAUCCGUCAAAGAGCUCCUACGAGUCUACCCCGGCACAGAGCUUGUACCGGCCUAUCAUUUCUACGGGCUGUGUCGGGGCCAUCUCCACGCUCUGAGUAGGGCUCCAUCGGCCGGGAGACUACGAGCAAAGAAAUCACCCAGUGACGCUGAUCUGAUCCAGUUCAUCGUGCUCGGUGGCGUCGGUGAGCUAUGUAGACUGAGCUUGCUAAAGGGGUCGUCCAACCAACGCAUCGAGGUCAUUGCCAAUUUCGUGGACAAGGUGUCCAGUGCAGCGAUCCAGCAGAGAAUACGCGCCGCCAAUGCGCCCUCAUCAUCCACCGAGGCCGGCGCACAAACUCCGUUCGACGACCUGAUCGCUCCUCUGCAGACCCCAUUCCACCUCAUUCACCACAGCACGAUAUCCAGCUUACCAGAGUUGCAAGCUUUCGUCACCGGCACGGACGCGUGGGUCACGGAGAUGUACUCCAGGUUACGCCCAGGUGACCAGAUUGCCGGUGCUUGGGAAUUCGUCUACAAUAUUUUGAACGGGAAGAGUGAAAGGAGUGCAGCGGCAGGGGCAAAAGAGAGGCGCGGAUCGAAAAGCCCCGACAGUGACCUCGACUUCUUAGCACCAGAGGAAAACGAUGAUGGAUGA